ACAUAUUACGACAACAAAAGUCAAAAUUAAAUAACCAAUAACGAUUAACAAUAAACAGUAUUAUAAGAUGAUACAUGAGACUUGAUAUAGUUGAGGCAUAAAUUAUAAACAUUUGUUUUUUAUUUUCAUAUUUGUAUAGUUAUUUUUAAAUUGCAUUGUUGACUUUCUUUAAAUCAUGAGUUUCCAAUUGAAAAAACCUAGUGUAGUUUUAAAACAUCUCAAUUCUAUUGUUGAUAAAAAAAUAACUAAAGAAAAUACUUCUACAAAAUCAUCGCUUUGUGAAUUAUCUUUACAAAAAGAGGAAGAGAAAAAAAGACAUAAGAUUACAAUUAAAAGUGAUGAUGAUUCAACAACAAUUGAAUACAUGACUAACGAACAACUUCAAACUACAUUGAUUAAAAACUCAUUCCAAAAAACAGAAUCAUCUAAUAUUGAAAAAAAAAGCUUAAAUAAAUCUACUAUAAAAAUGUUAGAAACUCAAAAUCCAAACAAAAAAGAAAAUAGAAAUAAUGAUCUAAUUAGAUGUGCUACCAAAAUUCAUAAAAAUAGUUCAUUCAACCAAGAGACUUCUAAAUCAGAAAAAAGUGAAAUUUUAUUUGGUACUCAAAACACUGAAAGGAAUCACUGUGAUUCAAAUGUAUCAAAAGACAUUUUAUUUAAUGAUGAAAAUAUUAAUAAACUUGAUGUUACAUCUAUCAGUACUGUUCCAAAAUUAGAAGCUCAUAUAAAAAACUUAGAAAAAAUAGAAUAUGAAAUGUUACAAAAAGUAUUCAAUAUGUUUGUAAAUAUACCAGAGAAGUUAGCUAUUACCAUUCCUGGUCUUCGAGAUCCAUCAUCUUUACCUCACCUUAAAAAAGUUCGACAAAAAAUAAAAAAUAAAAUAAAAGUUGCCAAAGCACAAUUGAAAAGUCAAAAAAGUAUUACAAAAUUUGAGAACUCUUCAAUUUUAGAUGAUAUCUUUGUUGCAUCUGAUGAAGAUGAAAAUCUUGCAAAUAGAAUAUCUGAAAAUAUAUUUGAUGAUAUUCAAUUAGUGCAUGAUAAAAAAUUAUGUUUUCCAAUAAAUUUAAAUAAAAAUUUUCAAAUUAAACCAUCAUUGACUAAAAAUAAAGUUGAAAACUCACCAUGCACAACGACAUCAUUAAAAAAUAAUUUAGAGGAAAAUGUUUACAUGCUUGAAAAAAGUUCAAAUUUGAGCUGUCAAAAAUAUUCUGCUAGCUUUCAAACAACCAAUAAAACAAUAAAUGUUUGUACAGAUCAACUGAUUCAAACAGAUCAUAUAAAUAACAGUAGUAACAAAGAUCAAUGUUCAAGUACAAACUCGCCCAUGAAAGAGUUCAUUAAAACUGACUAUAAUUUUUCUUGGGAACUUUUAGCAGUAUUUAAAAAAACUUUUGGACUUCGACAUUUUCGUCCUAACCAAUUUGAAGCUAUUAAUGCUGCUCUGCUUGGACAUAAUUGUUUCAUUUUAAUGCCAACUGGUGGUGGCAAAUCAUUAUGCUAUCAAUUGCCUGCAGUUAUAACAAAAGGCAUAACUAUUGUGAUAUCACCAUUAAAAUCAUUAAUUAUUGACCAGACUCAAAAAUUAAAAUCUUUAGAUAUACCAGCAGCUCAUUUAUUAAGUAAUAUUACUCCCGACGAAGAAAAUGCAAUUUUUUCUGAACUUUGGGGAGCUGAUCCAGGAUUAAAAUUGCUGUAUGUCACGCCUGAAAAAGUUGCAGCAAGUGAUAAAUUAACACAAGUUCUAAACAAUUUGUAUUGUAGGAAUUUACUAGCUCGAAUAGUUAUUGAUGAAGCUCAUUGCGUGUCACAAUGGGGUCAUGAUUUUAGACCAGACUACAAGCGAUUAGACAUAUUUAAACAAAAUUAUCAAAAUGUUCCAAUUAUGGCACUAACAGCUACAGCAACCCAACGUGUUCGUAAAGAUGUUCUGCAUCAGCUUAAUAUAAAAGAAAUAAAAUGGUUUGUAUCCAGUUUUAAUCGACCUAAUUUAAUUUAUGAGGUGAUCCCUAAAAAAGGUAAAUCUUCAUUAUUAGAAAUUGCCAAUUUAAUAAAAUUGAAAUUCACACGUCAGUCUGGUAUAAUUUAUUGUAUGACUAAAAAAGAAUGUGAUAAUACUGCUCUUUUUUUAUCUGGAGAAGGAAUCAAAGCUGUAAGCUAUCAUGCAGGUUUAACUGAUAAAAAAAGAAAUGAUGUUCAAAUGCAAUGGACUUCUAAUAAAUCAAAUGUAGUUUGUGCUACUAUUGCUUUUGGCAUGGGAAUUGACAAGCCAGAUGUACGUUAUGUUAUACAUUUUUCAUUACCACAGUCUAUUGAAGGUUAUUAUCAAGAAUCUGGUAGAGCUGGACGAGAUGGCGAAGUAGCAUACUGUUUGUUGUACUACAACUAUUCAGAUAUGCAUCGUAUCAAAAAACUCAUUGAAAUUGGAGGUGGGGCUACUUAUGAAUCAAAAAAAGUACGCUUUUUUAAUCUCUGUAGAAUUGUAUCAUAUUGUGAAAAUAAAAUGGAUUGCCGUCGUGCUUUGCAACUAAACUACUUUGAUGAACAUUUUGAUAAAGCUCAAUGUAUUGCUAAUGAGAAGACCACUUGUGACAAUUGUCGAAUAAAGCAUUCCGUUAAAUUAAUUGAUGUUACAGAAGAAAGCAUUAAUCUAAUAAAAAUUAUUCAAGAAAUCUGUGGUUCAAGCAAUAAUUUUACAUUCACCCAUUUUGUAGAUAUUUUCAAAGGAAAAAAAACUCAAAAAGUGGUAUUACAUGGUCAUGAACAUUCUAAUAUAUUUGGCAAGGGUUUACACUGGGAUAGACAAGAUAUAGAACGAUUAAUACAUAAACUAAUACUUGAAGGUUAUUUAAGCGAAGAAAUGGUUGCAUUUAAAUCAGAUAUCAUGAAUGCGUAUAUUCGGAUAGGUCCUAAAGCAGAAUCACUUCUAGCGGGAUCUGUUAAGUUGUCACUUGCAUUCAGUCCAAAAACAAACACGAUAGAUAAUAAAAUUAUUAGUGUUAAAGAUAAUACUAUAAAUCCAAUUCUUGAAGAAAUAAAAGAAAAAUGCUAUACAAAUUUAAUGGAAAUAUGCCGUGGUUUAGCUGAAUCUUUGGGUAUUAGUACAAAUGCUGUUAUGACUGUCCAAGCGAUUCGUUCAAUGUCACAAUUAAUGCCCGAAACUGAAGAUGAUAUGUUGAAAAUUGAUGGUAUAACAAAAUCAAAUUUUGAAAAAUUUGGUCAACCUUUAUUAGAAAUUACACAACAAGCAGCUGCAGAAAAAUCAGCAAUUAAAAAUACUGAAGUGUAUCAAGAGAGCUCUAGUAAUAAUGAAUAUUAUCAAGGAAUUAAUGUUGAUUCUCCAAAUUAUGAAGAUAUAGUUAACAGAAUGAUGGAAACUACAAGUACUAGAGGAAUAAAACGAAAAACCACUUCCUCAACUAAUAAAAAAACCAAGCGUUUUAAAAGGACUAAAGGAAAAAAAAGGAAAAAUAGUUCCAAAGGAACGUCAACUUCAACAAUGGCAAAAAUACGUAGUGCGGCGAUUAAGCUGAAUGCUAAGUUACGUCCUACUAAAAAACCAGGAUUUUUACCAGCGCCAAAACAGACUUCGACAUAAAAAUGUAUUGAUAAUUAAAAAUGAAUACAUCACAUUUGUAUACACCAGUGGUCUUCAACCGGUGGGUCGUGACUAAUUUUUGGGUCGCGUUAUCUUAAAAAUUGGGUUGCGAUAAAUUUUUUUUUAAACAAAAUUUAAGUUUAAUAGAUGAAAAUAUAUUAAUAUUUUACCUACUUAAAUGUAAUUUUUAUUUAUUCAGUUAUAAUAGUACUACGUCAAAGCAUUAAGCAAUUGUAGCAUUUUUUCUACAAAGCUUACGUAGGUCACGAAAAAUUCAAGCCUAAAAAAAUGGCUCGCGAGUCUGAAAAGGUUGAAGACCACUGGAAUAGUCUAUAUUAGCAAACUUUCUUUGUUUAAUAUCUAGAAAGUCUUGCUGUUAUUAUAGAAUUUAGCAGAGAUGUGUGUGUGUGACAGACAUAUACGAAUAAACACGGUUAUCACACGGAUUUCAGUGUUAAUUAUUCGUUUAAAAUAUGUAAUAAAGAAGUUUUCAAUUAUAAAGUUUGUGUUAUACUUCUCCUUACAAUUGUGUUUGACCUCAAAAAACUAAGUAAUUGUGCUAGGAUAAUCAUGUUUUGUAAGUUAAGUUGAUAGUUUCUUAAAAGGAAUAAAUGUUAAAUGAUAAACAUAUGCCAAUGUACAUCUCUAUAAAUUGACAAUGCCGACCAAAAAAUAUUUUUGAUCUAAGGGAUUAACUAAAAAUGUACCGAGUAAGACAUUAUGGUUUUAGCACAUAUUACUCAGUAAGAAUGAUACGUUUAAGUAGUCA